AUGCCUGUGACCUGUUCCGAUAUCUUCAAGCUCAUAUUCGCCAUCAUCUUGCCACCUUUGGGUGUCUUCUUGGAAAGAGGCUGCAGCUCGUCCUUCUUCAUCAACAUCAUCUUGACCAUCUUAGGUUACAUUCCUGGUAUUAUCCACGCGGUGUAUGUGAUUGCGCGAUACUAG